AAGCGUCGCGGGAACUGGAGCUGCUGAGCAAAAAAUCACUCACACAAAAGAAGAAAAAGUUUCAAACAAACAAAUGAUUUAAUCAGCAGGCAGACGAAUAUCCGUUUACAUGGCUCCAACAACAUGAGAUCGCGGGAUUUAUCAGGGCCUGGGCGAUAAACUCGAGUUAUUUAGUGGAAGAGAGGCGAAUGUUUGUGCAGGAGUCCCGCAGUGGAUCUGUGCCGCUCCUGUUGGCAGGUGCCCUGCUCUGGCAGACGGUCAAGAGAUAGUUCAAGAUGGCUGCAGCGUCUUAUGAUCAGCUGCUGAAGCAAGUGGAGGCAUUGAAGAUGGAGAACUCCAACCUGAGACAAGAGCUCGAGGACAACUCCAACCACCUCAACAAAUUGGAGACGGAGGCCUCUAAUAUGAAGGAGGUUUUGAAGCAGCUGCAAGGAAGCAUUGACGAGGACUCCAAAGAUUCGCAGGGACAGAUUGAGUUUUUAGAGAGAAUUAAAGAAAUGAGUCUCGACCCUAGCGGUUUCUCCGGGGUGAAGCUGAGGUCUAAAGCGUCUCUGCAGGGCUCAGCAGACAGCAGCCCCAGCCCCAGCCCCGUCAGCUCCUGCCCCAGGAGAGGGGCGUCCAGCGGGGGCAGAGACAGCGCUGGAUACCUGGAGGAGCUGGAGAAAGAGCGGUCUCUGUUGGUGGCAGAACUUGAGAAGGAAGAAAAAGAAAAGGACUGGUAUUAUGCCCAGCUGCAAAACCUCACUAAAAGGAUCGACAGUCUGCCGCUGACGGAGAACUUUUCUCUGCAGACUGAUAUGACUCGCAGGCAGCUAGAAUACGAGGCCCGGCAGAUCAGAGCCGCAAUGGAGGAUCAGCUGGGCACGUGUCAGGACAUGGAGAAGCGCGCACAGGGUCGCGUCGCUCGGAUUCAACAGAUAGAAAAAGACAUGCUGAGGAUUCGGACACGUUUACAGGCCCAGUCCGCUGAGUCAGAGGUCAAGCAUGAGCCGCUGAGUCAGACUGAAGGAUCUCAUGCAGCAGGAGACGCAGGCGCCGCUGCUGCUUCUGCAUGCUCGCAGGGCUCAGCUUCUCGUGUGGAUCAUGACUCGGCCAGUGAGAUGAGCAGUGCAGGCAGUUACUCUGUUCCACGCCGACUGACCAGCCAUCUGGGCACGAAGGUGGAAAUGGUGUACUCUCUGCUGUCUAUGCUGGGCACUCAUGAUAAAGACGACAUGUCCCGAACACUGCUGGCCAUGUCCAGCUCUCAGGACAGCUGUAUUGCUAUGCGUCAGUCGGGCUGCCUGCCCCUGCUCAUCCAGCUCUUGCACGGAAACGACAAGGACUCUGUGCUGCUGGGAAACUCACGAGGCAGUAAAGAGGCCCGUGCCCGAGCCAGCGCCGCCCUGCACAACAUCAUCCACUCGCAGCCAGACGACAAGCGCGGGCGCAGGGAGAUACGCGUGCUGCACCUGCUGGAGCAGAUCCGGGCCUACUGCGAAACCUGCUGGGAGUGGCAGGAGAGCCACGAGCGCGGCGUGGACCAGGACAAAAACCCCAUGCCUUCACCGGUGGAGCAUCAGAUUUGCCCGGCGGUUUGUGUCCUCAUGAAGCUUUCCUUUGAUGAAGAGCACAGACACGCCAUGAACGAGCUCGGUGGUCUUCAGGCAAUCGGGGAGCUGCUGCAGGUGGACUGUGAGAUUUACGGUCUUACCAAUGAUCACUACAGUGUUACACUAAGAAGAUAUGCUGGGAUGGCUCUGACUAAUCUGACCUUUGGAGAUGUCGCUAACAAGGCAACUCUUUGCUCAAUGAAAGGUUGCAUGAGGGCCAUGGUGGCUCAACUGAAGUCAGAGAGCGAGGACCUACAGCAGGUAAUCGCCAGUGUUUUGCGGAACCUCUCAUGGCGAGCUGAUGUGAACAGUAAGAAGAUUUUGCGGGAAGUUGGCAGUGUUCGGGCUCUGAUGGAGUGCGCCUUAGAGGUGCAGAAGGAGUCCACAUUAAAAAGUGUCCUGAGUGCCCUUUGGAACUUAUCAGCUCACUGCACUGAAAACAAAGCUGAUAUCUGCACCGUUCCCGGAGCUUUGGCGUUUUUAGUCAGCACUCUAACCUACCGAAGCCAAACCAACACCCUUGCCAUAAUUGAAAGUGGAGGUGGCAUUCUGAGAAACGUGUCAAGCCUCAUCGCCACUAAUGAAGAGCACAGGCAAAUAUUGAGGGAAAACAGCUGUCUUCAGACUCUUCUUCAGCACCUUAAAUCACACAGUCUGACGAUAGUGAGCAACGCCUGUGGGACGCUGUGGAACCUCUCUGCUCGCAACGCAAAGGAUCAGGAGGCAUUAUGGGACAUGGGUGCAGUCAGCAUGCUGAAAAACCUUAUUCACUCUAAGCACAAGAUGAUAGCUAUGGGAAGCGCUGCUGCUUUAAGAAACCUAAUGGCAAAUCGGCCUGCCAAGUAUAAAGAUGCCAACAUAAUGUCUCCUGGAUCCAGUCUGCCGUCCCUUCAUGUAAGAAAACAAAAAGCACUAAUUGAGGAACUAGAUGCACAGCACCUUUCCGAAACCUUCGAUAACAUUGACAACUUGAGCCCAAAAGCCUCUCAUAGGGUCAAGCCAAGACACAAGCAUAAUGUCUACGGUGAUUAUGAUGGCGUCUGUCGAUCAGAUGGCUACAACCCCAAUGGUGUUGGUGUUCGCUCACCUUACAUGAACACUCCAGUGCUCUCAAGCCCGUCCUCUAGAGACAACCGAGGAAAUGCAGAAAGUGUCCGAGCCGAGAGAGACCGAAGUCUCGAUCGAGAGCGAAGGGGAUUCCUUCCGGAUGGUGAGGCUGCCAAACGAAUGAUGCAGAUUCCCACGAGCGCAGCUCAGAUUGCAGUAGUUAUGGAAGAAGUACAGAACAUGCACUUAAGUAUGGAUGACAGAUCAGCAGGAUCCACACCAGACCCUCACUCAGUGCAAGAUGACAUGAUCCGACGUCAGACUGCUGUUCAUGGUCACCAAAACAUUUACAGCUAUAGCAAAACAGACCCAUCAGGCAGACCCUGCCCAAUGCCCAAACUGGAGUACAGAGCUUCUAAUGACAGUCUAAAUAGCGUCAACAGCACUGACGGCUAUGGGAAAAGAGGUCAAAUGAAGCCCUCAGUAGAUUCUUAUUCGGAAGACGAUGAAGGCAAAUGUUGCGUCUACAGAAAAUAUCCUGCGGACCUUGCCCAUAAGAUACACAAUGCAAAUCACAUGGAAGAUGACAAUGGAGAUCUGGACACCCCCAUUAACUACAGUUUGAAGUAUUCUGAUGAACAGCUCAACUCUGGUCGACAAAGCCCGAGCCAGAAUGAAAGGUGGGCACGGCCUAAGCUCCUCGAUGAUGAAAUGAAACGGCCAGAUCAGAAACCACCACGAUCGCAAAGCCCAGGAUACCCUAUGUAUACUGAAGGCAGCGGUGAGGGAGAGGAUAAACUCAAAAAGUACCAACCCAGGUUUGUUCAACAGGACCUGGCUGCAUUUAGGUCAAGGGGCUCCAAUGAGCAAAUUAAUAGCGGGUCAAGUCAUGGACUUAACAAGAAGGUCUCUCAAACCAUCUGCACUGUCGAUGACUAUGCAGAUGACAAACCAACAAACUACAGUGAGCGCUAUUCAGAAGAAGAACAACUUGAUGAGCAAACUCCCAGCUACAGCAUGAAAUACGCUGAGGAUCAUCACGUAGAGCAGCCUAUUGAUUACAGUCUGAAGUACUCGGAAGCUGCUUCCAAGAAGAGCAUGUUUAGUCAUUCAAAGCCAUCUUCUGCCCAAAGUUCUGUCAAAGACCAUUUAAGCCAAGAUAGUUCUUCUUCUGUGGCGUCUUUAAAGAAUCAGGGCAGGCAAAAGCAGCUCCACCCUUCAUCUGCUCAAAGCAGAUCAGGACCAACAAGAGCAGUUCAAAAGAACCCAACAUGCAAGGCUCCCACAAUAAAUCAAGAAACUUUACAGACCUAUUGUGUGGAAGAUACUCCCAUUUGUUUUUCACGUGGUAGCUCUUUAUCGUCAUUGUCUUCAGAGGAGGAUGAAAUGGAGAGCUGUAAGCGUAAUGUCAACUCGGCCAAUAACUACCCAACUUUACCUAUAUCAGAAAAACAAUCCACUAAUAAUGUUGCAGCUGACCAACGCACAUCUGAGGGCCAGUCAUCAGUCCAUUAUGUUCGCGUCAAGCCCCCACGACAUCAUUUAGGACAUGGUGAUGGUUCCAGGCAUCAUAAAACUGUGGAGUUUUCAUCGGGUGCUAAAUCACCUUCUAAAAGUGGUGCCCAAACACCCAAAAGUCCCCCUGAACAUUAUGUACAGGAGACUCCUCUAAUGUUCAGCAGAUGCACUUCAGUCAGCUCCCUUGACAGUUUUGAGAGUCAUUCCAUUGCCAGUUCUGUGCAGAGUGAGCCAUGCAGUGGGAUGGUCAGUGGCAUUAUCAGUCCGAGUGACUUACCUGAUAGCCCUGGACAAACAAUGCCUCCAAGUCGCAGCAAGACACCACCACCUCCACCUCCCCGGUCCACAUCAGUAAAACAGAAAGUUACAGUGCCACCUCACACUGAAAAACAUGAUUUGGCUCCAAGACAUGCAGUUGUAAGUGCUGCUGUACAAAAAGUGCAAGUUUUGCCAGAUAACGAUACUCUUUUACAUUUUGCCACAGAAAGCACUCCAGAUGGUUUCUCCUGCGCUUCAAGCCUUAGUGCGCUAAGUUUAGAUGAACCCUUCAUUCAAAAAGAUGUUGAGCUGAAGAUAAUGCCCCCAGUUCAUGAGGACGACCAUAGUAUUGAGGCAGAGCCUGAGAUGGAAGAUAUGCAAGAGCCCAAAGUUCAAGAGAAAUCACCGGCAACAUCUGAAGCUGCUAAAGACAUCUUGGAUGACUCAGAUGAUGACGAUGACACAGAGAUUCUGAAUGCUUGUAUUAACUCAGCAAUGCCAACAAAAUCCUCAAGAAAACCCAAAAAGCAAUCGACAUCAAGAAUACCACCACCUGUGGCUCGCAAACCAAGUCAGCUCCCUGUUUAUAAAUUAUUACCACCACAAAACAGAGGACAACCACAGAAGCAUGUGGCCCUAGCACAUGGUGAGGACAUGCCCCGUGUGUACUGUGUUGAGGGAACACCCAUUAACUUCUCCACAGCAACAUCUCUAAGUGACCUCACAAUUGAUUCUCCCCCAAACGAGUUGGCAGGUAUGGAAAGUUCAGCUCCCCAUGUAGAAGCAUCUGGUCAAAGACGAGACACUCUGCCUGAAGGGAAAAGUGCAGAGGCAAAAGAUACAGGUUUAUCCCCUCCCAUGCAGUCUGCUCUUACUGAGAACGAAGGAGAUGAUAUUCUUGCUGAGUGUAUCAAUUCAGCAAUGCCAAAAAGCAAAAUUCACAAGCCGUUUAGAGUGCAGAAGAUUCCUGACCAGGCUCAGCAUCCGUCCACUGCCACUGGCAGUCUAGUUCAGCAGGAUCUGGAAAAGAAAAAGCCAACAUCUCCUGUAAAACCUAUGCCACAAAGUAGUGAAUAUAGAGCAAGGAUGCUCAAACGGCCAGAGGCUAAUAAUAGCUUGUCAGAAGCAGCAACAUAUCCAGAUAAAAAUAAAGAAACCAGAAAGCAAGAACCCAAAGUAGUCAUUAGAGACUUUGCCGAUAAGCCAUCUAAUGCUGAGGAGAGGACACGUCCUGGAUUUGCCUUUGAUUCUCCACAUCAUUACACACCAAUUGAGGGGACACCUUAUUGCUUCUCUCGCAAUGAUUCACUGAGUUCACUUGACUUUGAGGAUGAGGAUCUUGACUUUUCCAAGGAAAAAGCUGAGCUGCGAAAAGAUAAAGAGCAAAGAAAAGUUUCCCUUCUGAAGUGCAGUGUGGAGCAGCCAGUAAAAACCAACAUGGUAUCGACAUUUCAGACAGCUCCAACAAAACCUCUUCAAAAAACAGUUUUUCAACAAGCACCCAAAGAAAAUACUGUUGCAGUGUGCGAUGAAAAGCAAAAGUUUUCCAUUGAAGACACUCCUGUAUGUUUUUCAAGAAACUCCUCUCUUAGCUCACUAAGCGACAUUGACCAAGAAAACAACAACAAAGAUUGCUCUCACAAAGAUGAUGUAACUCAGUUGGAGGUACCUAGGCCACAAGCAUCUGGUUAUGCACCAAAGGCCUUUCACGUGGAGGACACCCCUGUGUGCUUCUCUAGAAAUAGUUCCCUAAGCUCUCUCAGUAUUGAUUCUGAAGAUGACCUUCUCCAAGAAUGCAUCAGUUCUGCGAUGCCAAAGAAAAAGAAACAGCCACCAAGGAGCAAGACAGAGGAAUCGGGGGUAAAGGAAGAAAAGAGCAUGAUGGCUGAUGGUAUUUUAUCAGAGGAACCAGAUCUUAUAUUAGAUCUCACAGACACACAUAGCCCUAUUUCAGAGCAAGCCUUAUCACCCGACUCUGAAUCAUUUGAUUGGAAAGCCAUUCAAGAAGGUGCUAACUCUAUUGUCAGCAGUCUACAUCAGGCUGCAGCGAGUCUCUCCAGACAAGGCUCCUCUGAUUCAGACUCUAUUCUUUCUCUCAAAUCUGGCAUCUCUAUUGGGUCACCUUUCCACCUGCCUUUAAAUCAAGAUGAUAAGCCUGCCACAAACAAAGGGCCAAGAAUACUGAAACCUGGAGAGAAAAGCAGUUUAGAGGCCAAAAAGAAGGAAGAGGAGACUGCCAAGAGUCUGAAAGGAGGAAAGAAAGUGUAUAAAAGUCUAAUAACAGGAAAGCCAAGACCCAGUCUUGAAAGCAUGGCCUCUCAACACAGACAAGCUCAAGCUCCUGUCAUCUCUCGAGGGAGGACAAUGGUUCACGUUCCUGGUGUCCGGAGCAGCUCCCCUAGUACCAGUCCAGUCCCCAAAAAGCCCCCUCCACGUGGCCAAAUGUCAAAACCCCCAUCUCAAGCACCAGGUCCUGGAAGCUCUCCAAGAACCAUGAAAGUCCCACCAAGUUCUGAGCCUAGUCCUGCACCAGGCCCACCAUCUUCCCAAGGAGGGUCAAGUAAAGCUUCCUCUCGCUCUGGGUCUCGAGACUCCACACCCUCUAGACCCGUUCAGCAAUCUCUGACAAGGCCCAUGCAGUCUCCUGGUCGUGCCUCUGUUUCACCUGGUAGGAAUGGCUUGAGUCCUUCGAACAAAUUAUCUCAGUUACCACGCACUGCCUCCCCUAGUGCAUCUUCAACUAAAUCUUCUGGAUCUGGACGCAUGGCUUACACUUCUCCAGGGAGGCAAUUGGUUCAACCAACGCCAACAAAACAGAGUGGUUUACCGAGAAGUACCAGUGGAAUUCCUAGAAGUGAAUCCGCCUCAAAAAUCCUAAACCAGUGUGGCCCUUCAAAGAAGGCAGAAUUGUCUAGAAUGUCUUCAACAAAGUCCAGUGGUAGUGAGUCCGACCGCUCAGAAAAGCCUGGACUUGUUCGUCAAUCAACAUUUAUCAAAGAAGCACCUAGUCCAACAUUAAAAAGGAAAUUAGAGGAAUCUGCGUCAUUUGAGUCCUUAUCUCCUUCGUCUCCAAGCCAGUCACAGACUCCAGUAUCUAGUCCUUCCUUGCCAGAUAUGUCACUUAGUCUACCCUAUCAGGGAAGUGGUUGGACAAAGGCCCCUCAGGGUCAGAACUCUGCAGAAAAUGGUGACGGCAAGUCACUCAGAAGGCAUGACAUUUCCCGAUCCCAUUCGGAAAGUCCUUCCAGGCUCCCAAUCAACAGGACAGGCACAUGGAAAAGGGAGCACAGCAAACAUUCAUCUUCUCUCCCAAGAGUAGGCACUUGGAAAAGAACCGGCAGCAGCUCUUCAAUUCUCUCUGCUUCUUCUGAGUCCAGUGAAAAAGGAAGAAGCGAGGAUGAGCGACAACCAACUAAUCCCCCUCAAAAAUCAGGCAAAGAGGGGGGCCUGGAGCGCAAAGGAACAUGGAGAAAAGCGAAGGGAGGUGAAACCUCCUAUGCACCCAUGUCAUUAGACUUGCAAGAUCAAACCAGUGAUGCCAUGUCCAAAUCAGAAGAUGUCUGGGUGAGAAUUGAAGACUGUCCUAUAAACAAUCCAAGGUCAAGUAAAUCGCCCACUGCCUCCACGCCUCCUGUUAUUGACAGCAUCCCAAGCAAAGGGCUUCCCUGUGACAGGGACUCAAGUGAAUCACACUCAAAACAGCCAGUAAUGAGUGAGAUUGCUGCUAUGGGCCACCUGGGUUCAGAAACAAACCUGAAUUUACUCAGGAGUAGCGAGUCUCUUGAUAAAAAAGUCACUGACAUCAAGCCUGCACCAAGUAAUCCAAACAUCGGGCCAGAGCUCCAUGAGUUCCCGGUUUCUGAACGCACACCGUUUAGCUCAACUAACUCCAGCAAACACAGCUCCCCCAGUGGUGCAGUGGCUGCUAGGGUCAGUCCUUUUAAUUACACACCAAGCCCUAGAAAGAGUAGCGCUGACGGCUCGACUCCUAGACCAUCUCAGAUCCCAACUCCGAUUUCAAGCAAUGCAAAAAAAAGAGACACUAAAGGAGACACGACUGAAAGUGGGUCCUACAUCGUAACCUCUGUCUAAGUUUGGACUUGUUCAAAGAACUUUACGAUGGCUGCCUGAAAACACUUGCUACACACUCUGGCUUUGUGGAGACAGAGCGCCACUUUGGCAUAGACUUUCUUGUUGUUGCACUCUGUGUUAGACAACUUAUUCUUGCUGACUGAUUGCUGUUUAAGCUAAUGUUGGUUUCAAAUCCAGAGAGGUGACUGAUAGCGAACAUUUUGACAAUUUGUACUGUACAGAUUUAUGUAUAUAGUUAAUUUAACCACACAUCAGGAUCCUGUAUUUAGCUCGUCUUUACAAGAAUACCGACUAUUGGUGGAUUAUGCUGUUAAACUUCUGGUGGAAUUCAAUACUAAAGCAUUUGAUUUGAUUUUAUUUUUUAGAACAAACUGUAAACCUGUAUUAAUUGACAUGUUAAACUCAUUCUUACUGUUGCAUAUUGUAUUUACAUAAUGGAUUUCCUCCUUGCAUGAACCGAUUCAGUGGUAUAGUAUUUCCUAUAAAGAUCAACAUGUCUGUGGACACAUGACCUGUACUGAUAGCUGUAGUGUAACAUUUUACACUUGUGUGUGCGCUUCUGAAGGCAAGAAAUAACCCGCAAUACUGUUAAAUGAUGUUGAUGGUUGACAUAGAUUAUAUGAAAAAACAUAGUUCCAUUGCUCUGCUGUUUGUGUAUAGUUGUUGCCAGAUGAGGCGGGUGUCUUUUCACUGAAACUAUAGUCUCGGACGGACUGAAAUGAUGUUUGAAAAUUAAAUUAUUCCUGUAGGUUUUGGUGUUGGUACCUUUAUGAAAAGCUCAUUUGCUUCCCCUUAAUUAAGCACAUAUUUAGAUUCAACUGUUUUGCCAAAACCACAGUGUAAAUAAUCACAUUUUAUUUGAGGUUUUUAAUUGUUGUUUUUCUCAUGCAAUAAAGUGGGCAAAUCAAUGUUUACAAAAUAUUUCCAAUAAAAAAUAUUAAAUCUA